AUGGCUGCCAUUUUUUGCAUGCUUGCUUUGCUUCUCUCUUGUCUAAUAUCUGGAACCAGCGCCGAGUAUAACAUCAAGUUCUGUGAUAACAACGAAGGGAACUAUACAAUCAAUAGCACCUAUCAAAACAAUCUCAACACCCUUCUAUCCACGCUGUCUUCCCACACAGAAAUUAACUAUGGUUUCUACAACUUCUCAUAUGGUCAAAACAGUGACAAAGUAAACGCCAUUGGGCUGUGCAGAGGAGAUGUUAAGCCAGACGAGUGCCGCGGGUGCCUCAACGAUUCUGCACUCACAAUCACACAGCUUUGUCCAAACAAGAAAGAGGCCCUUCUGUGGUUGAACAUUGGGAAAUGCCUAUUGCGUUAUUCUAAUCGCCCAAUAUUCGGUGUCAUGGAAUAUUCUCCUGGCUCCUACUUGAAGAACAGAAACAAGGUAACGGAACCGGAUUACUUUAUCCAAGCAGUCUCCAACUUAAUGAGGAAUCUCACAGUUGUGGCUGCAUCAGGUGACUCUCGUCGUAAGUAUGCUACGGGUAGGGCUAUUGCAUCAAAUUUUAAAACCGUUUACGUAUAUGGUCUUGUGCAGUGCACCCCUGAUUUGUCUGAGCUAGACUGCAGUUCAUGUUUGGAAUGGGCUAUCUCAAAAAUCCCAUCGUGUUGUGUGAACGCGAUAGGAAGUAUAAUUGUUAGACCAAGUUGUAAUAUUAGAUUCAGAAACGAUAUAUUCUACGAUCAAACGCCUAAAUUAGACCCUGAUGUAACAGCACCAUCUCCAUCACCUCCUUCCCCCCUGAGUUACACUUCCAUUGCCGUUGUUGUUUCUACUGUUGUUGUUGCUGUCGUUUCCCUCCUUUGUCUCUGCAGUUAUUUAAAGAGGAAGAAGGCAAGAAAAACUCUAGCAGUUAAUCAAGACGAUGAUGACAUCGAAAUUACUCAGUCAUUGCAAUUUGACUUCGAGACAAUACGAGUUGCUACAGAAGACUUCUCUGAUUCUAAUAAACUUGGAGAAGGUGGAUUUGGAGCUGUUUACAAGGGUAGGCUCCCCAAUGAACAGAUGAUUGCGGUCAAAAGGUUGUCAAGUGGAUCCAGCCAAGGAGACACAGAGUUUAAGAAUGAAGUGCUUUUAGUGGCCAAGCUUCAGCACAGAAAUUUAGUCAGACUACUUGGUUUCUGCUUGGAAGGAAGAGAAAGGCUACUCGUCUAUGAGUUUGUUCCUAACAAAAGCCUUGAUUAUUUCAUAUUUGGUAGGUUAAUGAUACCCACACACACAUAUAAACACACACAUGUAUAUGUACCACUAAAACUCAGGUUGUAUGCAGAUCCAGCCAAGAAAGCACUGUUGGAUUGGGCAAUGCGAUACAGAAUCAUAAAAGGUAUUAGCCGAGGGCUUCUCUACCUUCACGAAGAUUCUCUUCUGCGUAUUAUACAUCGUGAUCUCAAAGCAAGCAAUAUUCUCUUAGACGAAGAGAUGAAUCCUAAGAUAGCAGAUUUUGGCAUGGCAAGACUGGUUUUACUGGAUCAAACUCACGCAAAUACAGAUAGAGUUGUGGGAACCUAUGGAUACAUGGCACCGGAGUACAUAACGCAAGGACAAUUUUCGGUGAAGUCAGAUAUCUUUAGUUUUGGUGUACUGCUUCUUGAGAUCGUAAGUGGGCAGAAAAACAGUAGCUUUCGUCAUGGGGAGAAUGUUGAAGAUCUACUGAGCUUCACAUGGAGAAACUGGAGGGAGGGAACAGCUGUAAACAUUGUAGAUCCAUCAUUGAACAACAAUUCACUAAAUGAAGUGAUGAGAUGCAUUCAUAUUGGUUUGCUCUGUGUUCAAGAAAACAUAACUAAUAGACCAACCAUGGCGACCGUUAUGCUCAUGCUCGGUAACGAUUCUCUCAGUCUUCCCAUCCCUUCUGAACCUGCAUUUUAUGCCCACAGUACAACUAGAAGCCUUCCAGCCACGAUGUCAUGGGGGAAUAGUUCAAGGCCAACAACAAACGAAUCAACAAACAAAUCUGGUCUAGAUUGAGAAAACGAGAAUUCA